GGGCGAGCGGGAGGCGGCGGCUGCAGCAGCGGCGGCGGCGGGAUCGGGAUCCCGUUCGAGAGGAGGAGGAAGCGGCGGAGGAGGAUGAGGCGCGCGGAGGGGAAAUGGCCGCCGAAAACAAGCCGGAAGAUGGGAUGCUGCUGUGUAAGCUCCGACGUUCAAGCUGGAGUCUUGUCCCAGAACCACACCAAAUAUAGGGAUGAUCAUGGGAACAGCAAUGGAAGUCAUGUAAAAAUCUUUUUACCGAAGAAGCUGCUUGAAUGUCUACCAAAAUGUUCCAGUUUACCAAAAGAGAGGCACCGUUGGAACACAAAUGAGAGAUCUUGAUGCAGCCGCCAUUUUGGAUUUCUUUUUAAUAAUGUGUGACCCUUCACCUUUGAUCCCUUGACCUGCAUUAUCUUGGUAACCAUUUCAUUUUUAAUUUAAUUUUCAUUUUUUGAGUUUUGGUAUGCAAGCUUAUAACAUUUCACCUUCUCAGACUGUAACAUUUUUUGACCUCCCUAAGUAUAAGUACUUUGUAAAUUGUUAGCCUCAUUUUCUGUAUUAAAAUUUCAUUUGUUUUUCUUUAAAUAAAUAUGCCGCCCUCAUUGUU